AUGCACAAAUCCGCUCCGCUUGCAGUUGGUUCUGGCGCCAUCAGCAAAUAUAUCAGUACUAUAGGCCUAAAGGUCAAUGACAUUCAUCCUUGGAUCAGGAGUGAAGUUGAGAAUUGCGUGGAAUGCCCUGUCGACGAAAUGCUACAGGAACUACUUUACCGCUGCGUAGAUCGCUCAAAUCCGCUUCCUGAUAAGCCGACGCUACUCAUCGAUUGCCUCAAGGCCGUCCUGCCGAUCUGCAACAGUGGCAAAGAAGCUCGGGCCAUCAAGAAGAAUCUGGGUGCUGUUUCAAAGAAGAGAGUGGAAGAGAAAAUGUACAAGCCUUUCAUCCAGGCUUCAAAUGUUGCGCUCAACCGAUUGAGCAAACUGCAUGUACCUGGAUUGGUUUGUUCGAAGGCGCAUGAUGAUGAAAAGAUUCAGUUUCAUAGAAACAACCCAAAGCACCAAGGCGAAACAUCUACAUGCAAGCCUGACAUCGUCAUUGUCUCUCAUGCAAGCGCCAAGAAGGUGCGGAAGCGGUUGGGUCAGGCCUACGAGGAUGAGGUGUUGGAGAAGCCCACCAACCAAUUACGAUGGACAGACGUUCGAUCGACGGUGGAGUUCAUAUGCAAGGGGCCUCGGACUGGUAUUUCGAAACCGCCUGCGACCUACGCAGUGAAGGCUUAUGAUGUCCCUGAAGCGAAGAGGUACAUGAAGUAUCCGAGGCAAACGAAGGUUACUGCAGAGCAAACAGGUUCGAUCCCUAGCAGUGGCGCUGCUAUGUGCUCGGGCCAGACAUUAUAUGCGCGAGGACACUCGAAACAGUCUGAGCCACUGAAUAACAAGAAGCGGGGCUCUAGUCAGUCACUUGAUGGCCACAGGAGCAAGAGAUUCAAAGUUGAUGAACAGGAGCUGCCUGAGCUCACCCUCCAGAAUGGUUUGUACACUGCGGAGUUGUUUGCAGCCCAUAUCGCACGGCAGAGCGUCAUUACUUAUGUGGUGAAGAAUGACAUGAUUUACCUGUGGUAUUUUGAUCGGCAGGGCGCAAUUCAAUGCUCUGGUAUUAACUUCGUGCAAGACCUUCCCCGGUUCAUGGUUCUCUUACUUUCCAUCCAGCGCAUGCCAUUCGUGGAAUGGGGCUACAACCAGGUCUUCGAGCCUGAGCAUGAACCUUUGGGUGAGAUUCUGGUCCCAGAUAAAGAUAUUGGAGAGGUUGACCUCGCAUUCAAUCUGAAAUCUGAUGACUGCACCACUCACUUCGGUGUGCGCGGACGUGCAACCACCAUCUUUCCAGUGAGGAGUGAGAAACUUUCGGCUCUUGUACCGAAACUUGCCCAUCACAACCCUUACAAUCCUACCAAUGAGCUGGUUGUCAAGCUGUAUUGGCCAGAAGAGGAGCGCGAGAGCGAGGGUGAGAUUCUCCAGAAGGUGUAUGAGGUUGCAAAGGAGGAUAAGGAGGGCAAGGUGAAGUACCAUGUCCCAGAGAUGGUCUGGUCACACAAGUUCGAAGAUACAUCCACUGCAAACAUUCGGAGGGCCCUGGGACUCAAGGAUGCUGAACGAGGCAGGCGCAUCCUAUAUAUAAUUGUAUUCAGGAAGCUUGAACCCAUCACAAACCUGAGCGGCAAGCAGUUCCUAACGGCAUGGUGGCAUACUGUCGUCUGUCAUUAUGCCCUCUGGGGAAACAAGGUCUAUCAUCGCGACAUCAGUCCCAGCAAUCUCAUGGUCUACAAAACCUCAGAUGAUCAAUAUAUUGGGGUCCUCAACGACUUUGAUUUAUCAUUGACUCAAGAUAGUCCCUUGGGCCAAGAGCUUAUGGGGACAGCGCCUUUCAUGGCCAAUGAACUUCUCACAGAGAAGGCCAUGGAAGGUCAAGUCGAACACCUGUACCAGCACGAUGCAGAGUCAUUCAUAUGGGUGCUCACCUGGGUCUGUCUUCGUUAUCACGAGGGCCACCUGCUGCACAAGGGUAGGCCGCUUGAUGAAUGGCUGAAAGUAAAUCCUAUCCAGUGCAGGAAGGAAAAGGGCGACUUCUUAUUCACAGGUCGUCACAAGGCACAACCUUCACCAUCACACAACCAUAGCUGGAAAGUUGCGCGAUCUUGCCUUGAUACUCUCAUCCAUCAACACAUGGUGCUUCGUAGCAUACCUCUGGCCAAGGAUGUUGUAUUUGAAACGUGGCUUGAGAAUAAGAUACAGAGAGUUGACGGCACCCCACAGAACAAGAGUCUCAAGCGAAAAAAUACUGUCGUUAUCUCGAGCGAUGAGGAGGACGAACCUGUCGUGCCAAAGAAGAAAGUGGCCGUCGCUGCGAAUUGCGUCAACAUCGACUUCAAAAGCUACCGCACUGAAGGUAGUCGCGUCAACAUCUACCUCGAAAGCAACUACAUCGACAAGCAAGACCAAGACGGACGGAAAGGCACCUCUGUCAAAUCGAAGAAAUCAAAGGAUGAUGAGUUUGUGGUAGAUUUUUACGAGGAGGAAUCAAGAGAGGAGAGUGAAGACAACUAUGAGGACGAGGAAGACAUCAAACAUGAGAAGAAGGCCUUUGUCUUUACCGGCGAACUCAGCAGCUUCUCUAGAGACGAAGCAAUAGACUUGGCGAAGCGGUUUGGGGGGCAUGUCGUAGGGCAACCUUCGUCAAAAACAUCGUUUGUCGUCCUGGGUGACAAUGCCGGUCCUUCGAAGCUUAAUCCAAUCAAAAAGCACCAACUCAAGACGCUUUCCGAGGACGAGUUCCUGAAUCUAAUCGCCACCUGUCAAGGACCAGGCGGACCAAGUGGUGGCGAGUUAGACGACAAGACCAAGAAGAAGAUGGCAAAAGAACAGGAAACGAUCGAGCAGGCUACGAAGGAGCUUGAGCGGAGGGAGAAACAAGCGUCAAAGGAUGCCGAUGAAUCUGGCAGCUCUAAAACCGACGUCUCAAACCAGCUGUGGACAACAAGAUACGCUCCUCAAUCAUUAAAGGAGAUCUGCGGCAACACAGGACAGGUGGAUAAACUACAGCAAUGGCUUCACGACUGCUCAGAUAGUUUGAAGUGUGGUUUCAAAAAGCCGGGGAGAGACGCUAUGAAUGUAUACCGCGCAGUAACGAUCACUGGCCCGCCUGGUAUAGGCAAGACUACUAGUGCACAUUUUUGCGCCAAGCUCGAAGGCUUCGCGCCCAUCGAGCUUAAUGCAAGUGACGCGUGCAGUAAAAAGUUAGUUGAGAGUGGUAUGAACAUCAGCAACCUGUCGUCAGAUGGAUGGAUGGGUGGAAACGAUGCGACAAACGCAGCAGGAUCGACGGCAUGUCCGCUGGUGACAGGUGGCGUGGGCGCUCUCAACGCCUUUAUCAAGACAAAAAUCCCUAUUAUCUGUAUUGCUAACGAUAGAGGCACCCAGAAGCUGAAGCCACUCAUCGCGAAUAUUUUUGGCAUGUCAUUUAGACGGUAUGUGUUGAACUCGACUUCGGCCGUAACAGGAGCUCACUACGGUAACACGCCCGAGGCUCAAGCUGUCCGAUCACGCAUAAUGACGAUCGCGUACAAGGAGAAGAUGAAAAUUCCUGCCAACGUCGUUGAUCAGCUUAUCAGUGGUUCUCAGUCAGAUAUUCGACAAGUUUUGAAUAUGUUGUCGACGUGGCGAUUAUCUAGUAGUAGCAUGGACUUUCACGAGGCAAAGAAUCUUGCAAAGAUCAACGAAAAGUACACUAUCUUGACGCCGUUCGACGUGACGUACAAAAUUCUUGGAAAAUUACUUAAAGACUCAACCUGUCAAGGUUCGGAACCUCGAAGGGCUUCCGAAGAUGUUAAGCAACUUGAGUUAAUGGAUCAAGCUGCAUCUUCUAUAUCUGAUGCCGAUCUUGUCGAUGCUCUGAUUCAUGGAAUAACACUGGUCAUUGAUGCCAUUACCUGCGGUGUGCUCGAUGGUGCGACCUGCUUCAUUCUUGUUUGGUCCAGGCGGCGGAUACGGCGGCCAAAACCCAAUGACGUUCCCUCAUGGCUAGGACAAAAUUCGAAACAGAACAAGCUUAGUCGACAACUGGGAGACGUGCAGGUCCGAAUGCGGCUCAAAGUCUCUGGGGGCAAGCACGAGAUCCGACAGUCGUACAUCCAUGCACUGUUCCCUCACAUCUUUAAGCCAUUGAUAGAUCGAGGCGCUGCCGCUGUCGACGACGUCAUUGAACGGAUGGAUGGAUAUUAUCUUUCCCGUGAAGAUUGGGACACUGUCGUUGAGCUUGGCGUGGACACGCAGAAAGACGAUGUCGUUAACAAGCUCAUCAAACCUGCGACAAAGACAUCGUUUAGGUUCACCAAUUAA